AUGAAACACCAGAGAAUCUGUAUGGGAAAGAAGCCCUACAAAUGCAUUGCGUGUGGGAGGAGCUUCCAGCUGAGCUCAGCACUCAUUAAACACCAGAGCACCCACUCCGCGAAGAAACCCUCCAAAUGCCUUGGCUGCGAGAAGCCGUUCAGCUGGCGCUCCGCACUCCUGAGACACCAGAGGAGCCAUGCUGAGCAGAUCCCCUGCCAUCCCACUGAAUGUGGGGAGAGCUUCCAGCCGUGCUCUGCCUUUGCCAGACACCAGAGAAUCCACUGGGCGGAGAAAAGGUGUGAGUGUGCUGAGUGCGGUAAGGCCUUUGGGCAGCGCUCGGAACUGAUCAGACAUCAGAGAAUCCACACCAGCAAGCGAUCCAACACAUGCGUUGAGUGUGGGAAGAGCUUCUCUUGGAGCUCAGCCCUCGUCACGCACCGGAAGAUCCACACAGGCGAGAGACCCAUCAGUGCAGGGAGUGUGGGGAGUGCUUCAAGUGGAGCUUCACCCUCCUCGUCCACCAGAGGAUCCGUACGGGGCAGAGACCCUACAAAUGCACCAAGUGUGGGAAAGGCUUCAGUCACAGCUCAGCUCUCAUUCAGCAUCAAAUAACGCACAUGGAAGAGAGACCCUGGACCUGCUCCGAGUGUGGGAAGAGCUUCGCUCAGAGCAAAUCCCUCCUUGCCCAUCAGAGAACAGGGGAACAGGCCCUGUGGGUGCAGCGAGUGUGGGAGAGGCUUCCAGUGAAGUGCGGAGCUUCUCCGACACCAGGUUAUCCACCUGGAGGACAGACCCUACAAAUGUAGCGCCUGCGGGAAGAGCUUCAACAGCAGCUCGAACCUGACCGAGCAUCAGCGAAUCCACACUAGGGAGAAACCCUACAAAUGUGACUUGUGCGGGAAAGGCUGCAGCCAGAAGUCAUCCCUCAUGGCCCAUCAGGGAACCCACACGGGCGAGAGGCCCUAUAAAUGUCCCAGUUGUGAACAAAGGUUUAGGUGGCGCUCAACACUUAUUAGACAUCAGAGAAUCCAUGUGGAGCCAGUUGCUCUGGGGGGCAUUUUCAUAAAACUGCCAGGGAGCUAUGUCCUGUUAAGCAGGGAGCCUGGGGGCUGCACAAGAAGGGCUGCGUUUGCUGUGGACCCCUCCCAAGAAGGGAGUAAAAGGAGGCAGCCCAAGACUUGAGCAUUCACCUGCUGAGAGAGGAAAUAUAGUUGCUGUCGAGGAAAAAACAUUGUAAAAACUCAUCAGCUACUUAUCUCUGAGCUGCUUGGAUAGCAGGUUGUAGCCAGCGUGUUGGGGCCAGUUUUGGGGUCACUGCCUGAUUCUAAGUCGGCACCAAAAAAGUCCUCAUAAAAAUAAUAUGGUGUUCAAUGAUAGUCUAAAUGUGAAUUGUGAAAAAAUAACUGGCAAACCCUCUGUGCUGUGAGGGAGAGAGACUGUGUGGAGCAGGGGUGAGUUACUGAGGGGACAGUGAGAAGGCAGAGGAGAGCUAGCCAUGAAAGAAAGCAGAACUGCUAAAUUCAAAUAUAUGGAGCUGAAGCCCCUAUUCAUUCAUGCUGUGUUGGCCACAGCUGAGUGCACUGGAAUUUGCAUCGUGUCUGUGUCCAGGUGCGGACUGGUCCAUGACUUACAAAAACCGAAUCCAUACACUGGAGGCGAGCUUAGGCCAGUUGGGACAGGAGCUCACUCAGCCCAAGGACUGCGAGAACAAAUGACUGGCUGUGCCUCCAGGCUGCAGAGGGGGUGAUGCUGAUCAGUGACACUGGCUGCUUUUUCUUAGGAAUGGCAUAAAACCAUUUUAUCCUGCUUGAAACAUGAAAAAUAGGUUUGUGGGUGGUGGUUGUUUUUUUAAAGCCCUCCCCCUGCAUUUCUGCAAAGGCUCCCUCUGAUCAAGGUAACCAUCUCACCCCUUUCCUUGGUCUGUAUCUGAUGUAGGCCCCACUACACAGGCAGUGCUUUUAGCAGCCUUGUUGCUGUCUCACCUGAACUGUCAGAAAUGCCAUGUUUGGGGACAUGGGAUUUCCCUGGGGACAAGGGAGUUUCCAGUGUGACCAGUGGCUGGAAGGUGCAGGCCUCCUCCAGCUGUGACUGUACAGGAGGUUCCUAGUUGGUUCGAUGGUCAGAUACACUGCCACGGCUGUGCUCGUGAGCUGGAGUGUGUAACUGAGCUGGAGUUAGUGUAUUGAAUGAUCCCUGUGGCAUAAGCUCAACACCCUCUAAGCAUGGGCUGUACGUGUCUCCAUCCCUUUCAUGCAGCUCCCUGGUUCCCUGAAACAGUCAUUGCUUAUGCCGCCCACCCCGCUGCAGCCUCACUGAGGAGAUCUAAAACGAAGCCAUCCCGUGGUCCAGAACCUGCCUGAGCUCUUAGUUCUGGGCAGGGAUGGGAGCUGUCUUAUCCCUGUGAGACUGGUUGUGAACACUGCCCUGAGUCCGGUGUGUUCUGGGAGCAGCGGGGCAGUCACACACUACGGCAUUUCUCGUCCUUGUGGAUGGUAUUUAUCCAAGGGCAGUAGUUAACAGGUGGGGGUUUUGCUGGGGAGGGGGGUGUUUGAACAGGAGGGACCAAUGAAAGUGUAGAAUUGCUGCGUCUGGAGACUUCUGAACAAUUUACAUAAAUAACACUCACAUAAUCAGUGAGGUGACAGGCAGGCUUUGAGGGUCAAAGCUGGGGUAUUUGCCCGGCCGAGAAACUUGCUAGUGGGAUCAGUCCAAAUGCCCUCAGGCCCUCCAAAGGCUGGUCCUGGACCAGUGAGGAGGAAGGAAAGCUCACGCUCCCCAAGUCCUAGUAGCUACAUCCCCCUGGCCCAGAGGUUUGUGCCUGCCUCAGCUAGGAGGGGAAGGAAGAAGAGGCUGAGUAUUUCCAUGCGUUGAUGGGGGGGGGGGUGAGCUUCCUGCACUGGGAGGAGAUGAGUCCUGUCUGCUAUGGGCACAGACUGAUCACAUGAGUUUGGGAGGCUGACUGGUGAUUUUUCCACUCAUGGGGUUGGCAAUGCUGAUCUUGCUCACCAGGUGGCUUUUCCCAAAGAGCUUGCAGCACUAAUUGUAAGUACAAGAUAACUCAAUAGCACAUGAGUAACAGACUGUCACCACAGUGCUAAUUAUUUCUAGCAAUUAUGUUUUCACGCUUUUACUUGCCUGUCAGGUAUUUUCUACAUUCAUAAUUUACUCUACAGUUUAACAGAGUAGAGUGCGAAAGCAACAGUUGAGUCACUGUCAGAAUUUUGACUUAAUCUCCAUGAACAGAAUAUUGUAAUUUAUACCAUUUGUGGAUUCUUUGGUCAUCCAGCUGUAUUAUUUAAUGAAGAGACGUAAAUCAAAAAGCAUAAACAGAUGAAACACUUA